UUUUGUGUUUCCUUACUGAUCAAAACAGUUCCUUGUGCGGUUGUAAUCAGUUUCAGGUUCUCGUGUUAUUACGGUGUAUUGCGACGUGAUUCAUCCUGGUUUCGGAUUCCUGCUAAAUUUGCUGCAUUUUCAAGCCAAUGUGUUUCUUUUUAAUCGAUAUACAGCUCAGAUAAUUGUGUUCAGUUUUGCAUCCGUCCCCGGAUUUGCCAUUUCAUUUAGGACAAAUUAGGUUAUAAAUCAGUGCAUCGCGAUGACCGACGUAAAACCGCAGCACAGCUGCGAGACGGACGGUUGCCCGAAAGCAGCCACCCUCCAAUGCCCGGUGUGUCUAAAGAUGGGCAUUCAGGGGUCUUAUUUUUGCAGUCAAGACUGCUUUAAAGGGUCUUGGAAAGCACACAAGGUUAUUCAUCUGCUAGCAAAGGGAAACAGCGACAAGAAUGCCUACAAUCCGUGGCCUUAUUUCACAUUUACCGGAAAGUUGCGACCAUUUCCACAGUCUGAGAUUAGAGCCGUUCCGUUGAGUAUUCCGCGGCCGGACUAUGCUGAUCAGAAGGAAGGCAGAUCCAAAUCGGAGGAAGCAUUGCGAGGAAAUACCACCAUUAAAAUACUGGACGACGAGGAGAAGGAAGGGAUGCGGGUUGCUUGCCGUUUGGGACGUGAGGUUCUGGAUGAAGCGGCUCGUGUUUGUGAUGUUGGUGUAACGACGGAUGAAAUUGAUCGGAUCGUACACGAGGCAUGCAUCGAGCGAGAAUGUUAUCCGAGCCCUCUGAACUAUUACAAUUUUCCAAAGUCCUGCUGUACCUCUGUGAACGAGGUUAUUUGCCACGGAAUUCCGGACAUGCGCCCAUUAGAGGACGGCGAUAUUUGCAACGUAGAUGUGACCGUGUAUUUUCGAGAAUUUCACGGAGACUUGAAUGAGACGUUUUUUGUAGGCAACGUGAAAGAGAAACAUAAGAAAUUAGUUCAGGUCACGCACGAGGCACUGAUGAAAGCGAUUGCGAUCGUGAAACCCGGCGAACGAUAUCGCGAAAUUGGGAACGUAAUUCAGAAGCAUGUUCACGCACAUGGCUACAGCGUUGUUAAAAGCUACUGCGGUCACGGUAUCCAUCGGUUAUUCCACACUGCACCGAAUGUGCCCCACUAUGCUAAAAACAACGCCGUGGGAGUGAUGAAACCGGGCCACUGCUUCACCAUAGAACCGAUGAUAUCUGAGGGUACAUGGCGCGAUGUAUCCUGGCCGGAUGAUUGGACAGCUGUCACCGCCGACGGGCUGUUUUCUGCUCAGUUCGAGCAAACGCUGCUGGUCACCGAAACGGGCUGCGAUAUACUCACUAAACGUAGAACCGCCGAUGGACAGCCUCAUUUUAUGGAUAAGAUGUAGUAAUUCAAUCCGGUCGUUGGGCGUCCAAAAAAAAUAUUUCUCCGGUUCAUUUUGAGAGGGAUAGUUUCGCACUUUUCUUUGUAGUCUCAACCUGUAGUAGUUUCUUUUAGUUCUACAGAAAGUAAUAGACCUAUAAAUUUCGCCAAGGACUGCGCCAAAUUCGCAAAACAUAACAUUUUUUCAACCAUUACGUUUGCAAUAUCGUUUUGUAUUAUACAAUAUAUUGUGAAUAAAACUAACAAACCA